AUGUGGGAAGGAACGCAGCCGCUGCUGAACAGCAUUAAAGAAGAGCGGAAGUGUCCUGACGAAUUGCUGCAGCAGCAAGUGGUAACGAUGACAGAAGAGCUGAAGCAGCAGCUGCAGCAGGAGCGGGAGCUGCUGCAGCAGGGGAGGCGCGAGCUGCAGCAGGAAAUAGAGCAGCAGCAGCGAGAGCAGCUGCAGCAGCAGCAAGACCGGCUGCGGCAGCAACAAACCUAG